AAGUAGCUUAAAGUUGCAGCCUCUCCAACGCACCACCACCCCACUUUCUCUCUCUACCUAUGCCUUUUGCUUUCUCUCUCUCCUAGGGUUCGUCAUUCACUGAACAUCCACAUUAAUUUUCUUCUCUCAAAUCAGCACUACACAUCAUCCAUGUGAUUCACUCCUUCUCUGACCUCACAUUACUCUACUUUCCAAUCUUAUUUGUUGCUCUUCAUGUUACUCUCUCUUCUUCUUCUUCUUGCAGAUGCUAGAUUCGGGAGCUUAGCUUCUCCAUAAGCUGUGCAGGAGGUGUUUUUGAAUUGUUGAUAGGAGUGUUGUGGGAAUGUCGUCGAGAGGGGGUUCUGAUCAUCCGCCGCAGAGGCGGAUCACACGGACUCAGACGGCUGGGAAUCUGGGAGAGUCCAUAUUUGACAGCGAGGUUGUGCCGUCGUCACUGGUUGAGAUUGCUCCGAUUCUCCGUGUCGCUAAUGAAGUCGAACCAAGCAACCCAAGGGUUGCUUAUCUCUGUCGAUUUUAUGCUUUUGAGAAAGCUCACCGGUUAGAUCCUACUUCAAGUGGACGUGGUGUCCGUCAAUUUAAAACUGCACUUCUUCAACGCCUGGAAAGGGAGAAUGAUCCGACAUUGAUGGGAAGAGUCAAGAAAAGUGAUGCACGCGAAAUGCAGAGCUUUUAUCAGCAUUACUACAAAAAGUACAUCCAAGCAUUGCAGAAUGCUGCUGAUAAAGCUGAUCGUGCACAGCUUACGAAAGCAUACCAAACUGCUAAUGUUCUUUUUGAGGUUUUGAAGGCUGUUAAUCAAACUCAGGCUGUGGAAGUUGAUCGUGAGAUAUUGGAAACUCAUGAUAAAGUUGCAGAAAAGACUGAGAUUUAUCUUCCAUAUAAUAUUCUUCCUCUAGAUUCUGAUAGUGCAAAUCAGGCAAUUAUGAGAUAUCCGGAGAUUCAAGCCGCUGUUUUUGCUCUUCGUAAUACAAGGGGCCUUCCAUGGCCAAAAGACUACAAGAAGAAAAAAGAUGAAGAUAUCUUGGACUGGCUUCAAGCAAUGUUUGGUUUUCAGAAGGAUAACGUGGCAAAUCAAAGGGAGCACCUGAUCCUAUUACUUGCAAAUGUGCACAUUCGACAGUUUCCGAAGCCUGAUCAACAACCGAAGUUGGAUGAGCGCGCACUGAAUGAAGUGAUGAAGAAACUUUUCAAGAACUACAAAAAAUGGUGCAAGUACUUGGAUCGCAAAAGUAGUCUUUGGUUACCAACUAUACAGCAGGAAGUGCAACAGCGUAAACUUUUAUACAUGGGUUUAUAUCUUCUUAUAUGGGGUGAAGCGGCAAACUUAAGAUUCAUGCCAGAAUGUCUUUGCUAUAUCUAUCAUCAUAUGGCAUUUGAGCUGUAUGGUAUGCUAGCUGGAAAUGUCAGCCCCAUGACAGGUGAGAACGUGAAGCCAGCCUAUGGUGGUGAAGAAGAGGCUUUCUUGAGGAAAGUUGUUACUCCUAUUUAUGAAGUGGUUGCGAGGGAGGCUAAAAGGAGCAGAAAAGGGAAGACAAAGCAUUCCCAGUGGAGGAACUAUGAUGAUUUAAAUGAAUACUUUUGGUCAGUUGAUUGUUUCCGCUUAGGUUGGCCAAUGCGUGCUGAUGCUGAUUUCUUCUGUCUGCCUAUUGAACAAUAUCAUUUGGAAAAAAAUGAGGAUGGUAAGCCAGCCGGUAGAGAUCGAUGGGUGGGGAAAGUUAAUUUUGUUGAGAUACGAUCAUUUUGGCAUAUCUUUAGAAGCUUUGACAGAAUGUGGAGUUUUUGUAUAUUGUGCUUGCAGGCAAUGAUAAUUGUUGCUUGGAAUGGUUCUGGCCAACCAAGCUCAAUCUUCAGUGGUGAUGUUUUCAAGAAAGUACUGAGUGUCUUUAUAACUGCUGCAAUAUUGAAGCUUGGCCAAGCUGUUCUUGAUGUGAUCCUUAGUUGGAAAUCUGCAAAGUGCAUGUCAUUCCAUGUUAAGCUAAGGUACAUUUUAAAAGUUGUGACUGCCGCCGCAUGGUUGAUAGUUCUACCAGUUACCUAUGCUUACACAUGGGAGAAUCCUCCUGGAUUUGCUCAAACCAUUAAAAGUUGGUUCGGCAAUAGUUCAAAGUCUCCUUCAUUGUUCAUUUUGGCUGUUGUCAUCUACUUGUCACCAAAUAUGGUUGCCGCAAUACUGUUUCUUUUUCCCUUCAUUCGGAGAUUCCUUGAGAGGUCAAACUAUAGAGUUGUGAUGCUCAUGAUGUGGUGGUCGCAGCCUCGGCUCUAUGUUGGGAGGGGAAUGCAUGAGAGCACAUUUUCUCUUUUCAAGUACACAAUGUUUUGGAUUCUUCUUAUUACGACGAAGUUGGCAUUCAGUUACUAUAUUGAGAUAAAGCCCCUUGUGGGCCCAACAAAAGCUAUCAUGAGCGUUCACAUAUCAACUUAUAAAUGGCAUGAAUUUUUUCCCCAUGCGAAGAGCAAUAUUGGUGUUGUUGUUGCACUUUGGGCUCCGAUUAUUCUUGUAUAUUUUAUGGAUAUCCAGAUAUGGUAUGCUAUAUUCUCCACAUUAUUUGGUGGUAUCUAUGGUGCUUUUCGUCGUCUUGGAGAGAUUCGAACUUUAGGCAUGCUAAGAUCCCGAUUUGAAUCAUUGCCUGGUGCAUUCAAUGGGCGUUUAAUGCCUGAGGAAAGGAACGAGCCAGCAAGAAAGAAAGGACUGAAAGCCACAUUAUCUCGCAACUUUACUGAGAACACAUCUAAUCCAUCUAAUAGAGAGAAAGAAGAAGCCAGAUUUGCUCAAUUGUGGAACAAAAUAAUCAGCAGUUUCCGUGAGGAGGAUCUUAUAAGUGAUAGGGAAAUGGACUUGUUGCUUGUUCCAUAUUGGGCUGAUCGUGAUUUGAAACUCAUGCAAUGGCCUCCAUUUUUGCUUGCCAGCAAGAUCCCAAUAGCCUUGGACAUGGCUAAGAGUAAGGACAGCGGUGUCAAGGACCGGGAGCUGAAAAAGAAGAUUGAAUCUGACAGCUACAUGUCUGCUGCUGUUCGUGAGUGCUAUGCUUCAUUUCAGAAUAUUAUAAAGUUUCUGGUUCAAGGGGAUCGUGAAAAAGAGGUUAUAGAGUACAUAUUUUCUGAAGUUGACAAGCAUAUUGGAGAGGGAAAUCUGAUCAGUGAAUUCAAAAUGAGUGCUCUUCCUUCUCUCUAUGAGCACUUUGUUAAGCUUAUCAACUUCUUGUUGCAGAAUAAGCAAGAUGACAGGGAUCAAGUUGUGAUUCUUUUCCAGGACAUGCUAGAGGUUGUGACAAGAGACAUUAUGCUGGAGGAUCACAUUUCCAGUUUGGUUGAUUCAAUCCAUGGUGGAUCGGGGCAUGAAGGGAUGACCCCCCUUGACCAACAAUAUCAGUUGUUUGCAUCUGCUGGUGCUAUCAAGUUUCCUGUUCCAGAAACAGAAGCUUGGAAAGAGAGGAUCAAACGGCUCUACCUAUUGCUUACAGUGAAGGAGUCGGCGAUGGAUGUGCCAUCGAACUUAGAAGCCAGGAGACGCAUUACCUUCUUCUCCAAUUCAUUGUUUAUGGUCAUGCCAACAGCACCCAAAGUCCGCAAUAUGCUCUCUUUCUCUGUUUUGACUCCAUAUUACACGGAGGAGGUUCUCUUCUCAUUACAUGAUUUAGAAGUGCCAAAUGAAGACGGGGUUUCCAUCCUUUUUUACCUGCAGAAGAUAUUUCCAGAUGAAUGGAACAACUUCCUUGAGCGAAUGAAGUGCAGCAAUGAAGAAGAACUUAAAGGAUUAGAUGAAUUGGAAGAACAAUUACGUCUUUGGGCAUCAUAUAGAGGGCAAACUUUAACUAAAACUGUAAGAGGCAUGAUGUACUAUCGUAAAGCUUUGGAGCUUCAGGCCUUCCUUGACAUGGCCAAGGAUGAAGAUUUAAUGGAAGGCUAUAAGGCUGUUGAAUUAAAUAUCGAAGAUCAGGUAAAGGGAGAAAGGUCAUUGUGGGCACAAUGUCAAGCUGUAGCUGAUAUGAAAUUUACAUAUGUGGUGUCAUGCCAGCAAUACGGAAUUCACAAGCGAGCUGGUGACGCUCGUGCACAAGACAUUCUAAGACUUAUGACAACGUAUCCUUCCCUACGUGUUGCAUACAUUGAUGAGGUUGAAGAACCUAGCAAAGACAGAUCUAAUAAGGUGAACCAGAAGGUUUACUAUUCUGCUUUAGUGAAGGCUGCUUUGCCAAAGGCCAUUAAUUCCUCCGAGCCAGUUCAGAACUUGGACCAGGUUAUUUAUAGAAUAAAACUUCCUGGACCUGCUAUCUUGGGUGAGGGAAAGCCAGAAAAUCAGAAUCAUGCCAUUAUCUUCACACGUGGAGAAGGGUUACAAACAAUUGAUAUGAAUCAGGAUAACUACAUGGAAGAAGCCUUGAAAAUGAGGAACUUGCUUGAAGAAUUUCUUGAAAAGCAUGAUGGUGUUAGAUACCCUACAAUACUUGGACUUAGAGAGCAUAUAUUCACUGGAAGUGUUUCUUCUCUUGCAUGGUUCAUGUCAAAUCAAGAGACAAGCUUUGUCACUAUUGGUCAGAGAUUAUUAGCCAACCCUCUAAAGGUUCGAUUUCACUAUGGUCAUCCAGAUGUCUUUGAUAGGCUGUUUCACCUUACAAGAGGUGGUGUUAGUAAAGCAUCAAAAGUCAUCAACUUAAGUGAGGACAUAUUUGCUGGCUUCAAUUCUACACUUCGUGAAGGCAAUGUUACUCAUCAUGAAUAUAUACAAGUUGGGAAAGGAAGGGACGUGGGCCUUAACCAGAUUUCUCUAUUUGAGGCAAAAAUAGCCAAUGGGAAUGGAGAGCAGACAUUAAGUCGUGACAUAUACAGGCUUGGACACCGUUUUGACUUCUUCCGGAUGAUGUCAUGUUAUUUUACCACUGUUGGUUCUUACUUUAGUACCUUGAUCACUGUGCUCACUGUAUAUGUUUUCCUUUAUGGCCGCCUUUAUCUUGUUCUUAGUGGACUUGAAGAGGGGCUAAGUAGUCAACCAGCAAUCCGAGAUAAUAAGCCUCUUCAAGUGGCUCUUGCUUCUCAGUCAUUUGUGCAAAUUGGAUUUCUAAUGGCCUUGCCUAUGUUGAUGGAGAUUGGUUUGGAGAAGGGCUUUCGAACCGCACUGAGUGAAUUCAUACUAAUGCAAUUACAGCUGGCGCCUGUAUUUUUCACAUUUUCGCUUGGAACAAAAACCCACUAUUAUGGAAGGACUUUACUUCAUGGAGGUGCAAAGUAUAGGGCUACAGGUCGUGGGUUUGUUGUGUUUCAUGCCAAGUUUGCUGAAAACUAUCGGCUUUACUCCCGCAGCCACUUUGUUAAGGGACUCGAGCUAAUGAUUCUGCUUCUUGUUUAUCAAAUUUUUGGGCAAUCCUAUAGAGGUUCAGUUGCUUAUAUCUUGAUCACUCUGUCAAUGUGGUUCAUGGUAGGCACCUGGCUUUUCGCUCCGUUUCUUUUCAAUCCUUCUGGUUUCGAGUGGCAAAAAAUUGUUGAUGAUUGGACUGAUUGGAAUAAGUGGAUAAGCAACGUUGGUGGUAUUGGUGUACCUCAAGAAAAGAGUUGGGAAUCAUGGUGGGAGGAGGAACAAGAACAUCUUCGUCAUUCUGGAAAGCGUGGUCUCGUUCUUGAGAUAUUGUUAUCCUUACGAUUUUUUAUAUAUCAGUAUGGACUUGUUUAUCAUUUGAAUAUGACAAAGGGGACCAAAAGUUUCCUGGUGUAUGGCAUAUCAUGGCUGGUUAUUUUUCUAAUAUUGUUUGUAAUGAAGACUGUAUCUGUUGGACGGAGAAGAUUUAGCGCAAAUUUUCAGCUCAUGUUCCGGCUAAUUAAGGGGUUGAUCUUCCUCACGUUUGUCUCCAUUCUGGUCACUCUGAUUGCACUUCCCCACAUGACAUUGCAGGACAUUGUAGUGUGUAUUCUUGCUUUCAUGCCAACUGGUUGGGGUUUGCUUCAGAUUGCACAAGCUUGCAAGCCUGUUGUAGUAAAAGCUGGGUUCUGGGGAUCAGUUCGGACACUUGCUCGAGGAUAUGAAAUUGUGAUGGGUUUGCUCCUUUUCACCCCAGUUGCAUUUCUGGCGUGGUUCCCGUUUGUCUCCGAAUUCCAGACUCGCAUGUUAUUCAACCAAGCAUUCAGCAGAGGUCUUCAAAUUUCUCGUAUUCUUGGUGGGCACAGGAAGGACCGUUCUUCUCGGAACAAGGAGUAAUUUGAAUGACAAAAACACCAUUUUAAUGUUGAUAUUCCUCAUUUACCCAAAAGAGUCCAACAAAGAAUCCUUCAUGGAAAUCUUGCUGAUUCCUGUUGUAAAGCUACUUGAAGCACAACAUUUUUUGGUAGGUAGUGACAAUCUUGUAUGGCUGUAUGAUGCUAUUAUAAUUUAUAGAAGAAUGAAAAUUUCGAAA